UAUAUAUUUUUACUACUCUUCCAUCAUGUAUGAAAUAUCAUCGAAUGUGUGUUUAAAGUGUGUCGUCAUAAUGUUGCUAAUGCAAAACGCUUUUUUUGCGAGGAGAUGUGAGCGUUCAGCAGCAGGUUCAAGCAGCAGACAUGUCUGGGCAAAACCUCACAGAUCAUAUUGAACAUUUCACUUCAUCAAUAUGUGCAACAUCCUCCGAUACCCCGACAAUGGAGUCAUUGUAUGAAAAGUAAUGCAUAGUGUUGUGUUUCUCUUCAUAUCAAAAGGACCCAAAACACUUUAAAAUGUACUAAAUGGGUCCUAUGCAGCGGUACAUGAUAUUAUACUGACAUCCACUAAGUGGCUGCAAUGCAUCUAAUAGCUGCUUUGACAACCGCCAAUCAAUACCAAAGAAGAAGACAGACGAUUAAACAAGUGGUUGUGGUUGUUGUCAUGUGACAAUCCCAGGCUAUGACUGUGUCACGUAAGCUAGCUCAUUUCCAAAUGCGUAUUUUUUUUGUCACAUUUAAAGUCAUUUUAACAAAUGUUUUUUUUAAAAGGGUGUCAAGUGUUACAAAUAAUCUCUUACUAUGUUUAUUUUUUCAGUUUAGUCAUAGAAAACAAGCUAGGAAAAUAUUGCUAUUGAGCUAGUUUUAGCCUUAAAAUUGCUAGCCUGAGACAUGGACCACGUCAAGCGUGUGCUGCUGCUUUGCAUCCUUGCCAACCAGUGUCCUGCAGCAGGUGGGCUCUUUGAAUGGCUGAGGCAAAGUGAGCAUCCUCCUCCGGCAGCAGCACCACCGCCACUUCCUCCACCUGCAGAAUUAUCCCCAGUGAUUCUUGCAAAAGAUGCUCGGUUUGAAAUGGCGACGGCUGAUGAGAAGUUUCUGGCUGAGGCCAAGAAGAUGGUGCUCAGCCCUUUAGACAGCUGCCACCACAGGGUGGUCGCCCGAUUAAAGGCGAGCUGUGAAAGCCUCUCAGAAGAGGAGCUUGCCAAGCUUGGCGUCGUCUUGCUCAACUGUCAGGCACAGAUUGAGGGUCGCGCGACUUACCCGUGCACAGAGGACAUGGCUAUCAAAGACUGUACAGCCAACAUGGACUCGGAUACAUGGAACGCCUAUCACAUCGUGAGCAACAGGGCACGCUCUGUAUGCUAUGCGACUCGCCAGCAGCUCUUUCGACGCAGAGCAGAGCACACAGUAAACGCACUCAUUUCAACUGCUGCCAGUCAGCUCUCUGCCAUGGAAGACCUGAAGGACGGCCAGUUGGAGCUGCGGGAGAUGACCGCAGCUUCAUUGGACAAGCUCCUGCAGGGCCACAGUGCUCUACAGGAUCGGCAGGUCAAACUGCACGAGGGCCAGGAGCAUAUGGAAAGCUCCCUGAGGGACAACCUGCAGCGUUUAGGCCAGGAGAAAGCGCUCAUUGCCUCAGGACAACAACUGGUGGCACAGCUCAUCCAGGGCAUUACGGAAAGAAUGGAAAUUGUUAGUGAGAACGUGCAGGCCCACGGCUCAAAGGUACAAGACGGCCACAGAGCCAUUGCUCAAGACCUGGCUGACGUCAGACAUCAAGCUCAGGACAUCUACCAAAAAAUUGAUGACGGCAUGUCAGAGUUCCUUCGGUACCGAGGCCAGACAUCCCAGUACUACGCUGAUCUCAUGGGCAAACUGGAACGCAUGAACAGCAGUCUGGGGUUUAUGCUGCACUACCUUGACAACAUGCAAGGUCACAUCGAGGAAAGGCUGCACGUCAUUCAGGGCUACCUUACCUGGACAGGUUUAAGCCUCACUGCCAUGUGGACGUGCAUCGCGCAUACCGGCUACUUUGUACUGGUUGCUGUCCUGCAGUCGUUCCUGUGUUGUCCGGUAUUUUCUCGUGCCACGCUGCUGCUCAUCGUGCCCUUUAAUGCACUGGCAGAGGUCAACCAACAGCCAGCACUUGACCUCACUAGCCUCAGCUUGCUGCUCUUCGCGCUCUCACUUGGACACUGGUUUGUGAGUAAGUUGUGGGCUUGUUUUCAGAGCAGAGGGAAGAAGACUACCACAUGGCCUUGCGAAUUAGAGGAGCUACAGAAGACCGUUUCAUCCUCUAAUUCGUACCCACGAUCCUCAACGCCUCAGAAGUCAGUUGGGUCAGCUCUUGUUGUUGCGGCCCAUGGUCGAGUUCCGUGUUAUUUUUAUUUAUUUUCUGUCCUGCAGAGGUGGACGGCACAGCGGCGGCGAGCCGGACAUCCUUCUGACUCAAGACAACAUCACAUCAAAAGACCUGUGCCAUGUGGUACCCCCAGUCACUGCACUCCCAGACGUGUACCCCAGCCAGCUUUCAUUGAUGAUAUUCCUCUGAGGAACCCUGGAAGUGUUUUUGACUUGUUGAAUGACUCUCAUGAUUUAGUCAAUGGUUCAAGAAGUGCAAGUCCUACUCCCUCGGUUAAUAGCUCUCUGUCAGUGCGUCAACUCUGCAAUGCAAUCACAAAAACCGGGAAGGCGUGUAAGAAGAGAGCGCUGCUUGGACAAGACUACUGCCGAGUCCACGAAGGUGGCCACACCACCUCCUUUUACUCCUGAGGCGCACGGCUUGCAAGGAGAGCUUUUAUAUUUAACCCAGAUUCAUGCUUUUUUUUUUUUUUAUUUUUAUUUUAUCCAUGGAGUGUCUUAAUAAAUGCAAAACAAAGCAACUUCCAU